GAUUCACCAAUAUAAAAUGGAGAAGCAUGACCUUCCACUUUCUUUCUUCCACCCUCAGGCUGUCUCCCUCUCUCUUUCUCUCUUCCCUCCACUUUCUUUUUUUGGUAUCGCAGCCCUAAUAUGCUGGUUAGGUUGUGGAAAUGGUAUCAGAGAUGCCUCACCCAGUAUCCGCUUACGACUCAGGUCGUCAGUUCCGGGAUUCUUUGGGGUGUUGGAGAUGUCUCAGCUCAGUCCGUCACCCAUUUCUCCAAGAAGAGUCAUCGACUUGAUCACCAGGAAGCGGAAGAUCUUAAGAUCAGCUGGAAAAGAGUAGCUUUUACUAGCUUAUUUGGCUUCACAUUUGUUGGACCGGUUGGCAAUUACUGGUACGAAGGUUUGGACCGUUUCAUAAAGCACCGACUUCGAUUCAUGCCUAACACGGUGGGCUUUGUAACUGCAAAAGUGGCAGCUGAUGGGCUUCUCUUUGGACCACUAGAUUUAUUAACAUUUUUCACAUAUAUGGGAUUCUCCAGCGGCAAGAGUUUUGAGCAGGUCAAGGAUGAUGUAAAAAGAGAUUUCCUGCCAGCAUUUAUUUUAGAAGGUGCUGUAUGGCCGCUGGCACAGGCAGCGAACUUUCGCUAUAUCCCAGUCAGAUACCAACUAUUGUAUGUCAACGUCUUUUGCUUGUUGGAUAGUGCAUUCUUGUCAUGGGUUGAGCAGCAAGAAGACGCACCAUGGAAGCAAUGGAUUACUUCUCUCGUAACUCUGAAAGAAGAGGAAGGGCAGAGAUGACUCGUCUUUUCAUUCUUUCCUCUGCUGUUGUGCGUAAAUUGAUUUUUUUCUCCUCCCCAUAUUAAUUCAUGUACAUGUGAAAAAACUACAUGAAUACUUGCUAAAUGUUGUUUCUGAAGGGGCUGAUUGUUCUGUAUACAAUUUCUCUAUCAACAAGUGUCCCAUUUUCUGCCUUA